AUGCUAAUUCACCAUUUUCGCUGUACUCAAAUAGGACGCCGUUUCUCUCUUACUCUCUUGUGCGUUUUUUUCUGUCGAAUCUUCAAAUAUAAGUUUUCCAUCUUUUGCAGAAUGGGAGACGCCAAAAUUUAUGUCGGAGGCCUUCCAAAUGAUGCCACAUCUCAAGAAAUCGAAGACGUGUUCUAUCGUUUCGGACGCAUUCGCAAAGUUUGGGUUGCCAGAAGACCACCAGGUUUCGCUUUCGUCGAGUUUGAAGAUAGACACGAUGCUGAAGAUGCAGUGAAAGCUUUGGAUGGAUCGUAAGUUUAUUUCUACAUGUUUUCUCGAAAAUAAUGUUAUUGUAUUAUAGGAGAAUUUGCGGAGUUCGCGCUCGAGUUGAGCUUUCACACGGACGCCCGAGAAAUGGAAGAGAAAUGAGCGGCCGAGGAGGUGGACGCGACAGAGGAGAUCGCAGAGAUCGUGAUAGGUUUGUUUUAUUGAAAAUUGUUCAAAUGAUAUUCUAUUGAACAGCGAGGAGUGUUCACGUUUAAAAAUAUUUUUCGGUUUUCGAAAUUUUAAUAAUUUUUCGGAGAAAAAAUUGGGAUUGAUUAGGUAUAAGAAAAAAUUUAGCCCCCUUCAUAAUCACAAUAUAACCAAAAACAUUGAUUAUUUUAGCGGACUUCAUCCCCCGUCCGCCAAAAGUCUCAUCUUCCCUUCAUCUCAUUAUUCUCAUCCUUCUUCUCUUCCUUCUUCUUCUCCUUUUUCUCUUCUUCAUCACUUCCUACGCCUUCAUUGCGUACGCCCUUCUACUUCUCAACACCACAACCACCAUCACAAUCACCAUUUUUUCAAUCACAUCUUCUCGUAAAAAUCGUCGUGUUGGAAAGUAAUGGCAGAGAAUUGGGAGAUAUUUUUUAAAGUUUUCAGUAAAUAAUUUUCGUAUUUUCCAGAUCACCAUACUCGAGAAGAUCGAGAUCUCGCAGUCGCUCUCGUUCACGUGGACGUGAUCGUAGCCGUGAUAGAAGCCGCAGCCGUGAACGCAGCCGCACCAGAUCCAGAACUCGGUUAGUUUUCUAUUAGAAUUUUCUCAAGUUUUGAAAAAAUUCUGAAGAUAAAAAUAAGUUCAUAAUUUUUUGCAGCUCUCGCAGUCCAGUCAAAAAGGAAGAAAGAUCGAGAAGCCGAAGCCGUUCUCGCUCACGAAGCCGCAGUCGCUCCCAAUCUCCACGCGAUUAA